UAUUGGACGCCAGGAGAGGGUGACAUUUGUGUAUUCUUCCGCCGUCCCAGGUUCGUGUUUUGCACGUGGUUGUGUUUACAACGUCGACAUGAUGUUCGGUUGAUCAAGGAGUCGCGGAGAAACGUGCAUAAAAAAAUGUCACUGAGAUAUGUAGGAACGGAAGAUAGCCUUUCUGGUUCCCAAAUCUGCAAGAUACCCCUUUCCGCCUUCGUCGCGAAGAAAUGGACGCCUGGCUCGCCGGCCGAGAUCACUGUGGGCAACGAAACAUUUGUGUGCCUUCUCUUUCCCCAUCGCUACACGAGCGAUGUAGUUUACGUUGACAAAACUGUCCGGCUACAAAAAACCUGCGGCGAAGCAACGAUCAAACCGGGCCCAACGUGCGUUCACGUAGACACUGACAUCAAGCUCUUCGGCAAAGCCGAACCGGCAACCGAGGUGGCGGUAAGCGUCGUGUUAAACUCGGUUCACGACCUCGUAAGAUGGCACGGCGUCCACCGCGAUCGCUUGCGCCAUUGGGUCUCAAAACUCCUACGCAAUUACCACGUCCGACCGGGUGCCGUUGUUCGAACUUGUCCGCGCACACAACCACUGCCAGGCUUGUGCUCGAUCUACUCUGUCAUCAUCGAAGCGAUCGGUUCCAACGUCGCCGUCUGCAAGGUGACCAGUGGCUCGAAGAUCUCCGUUUCUAACGUAACGUACUUCUCACCCAAAGACCCGGUCCCGUUUCCCCAAGUUUGGGAGAAAGCGAUGCUAGAGCCCGUGUCGCUUCUCAAGAAACUAUGCACGUUCCCUUACAAGUUUCCCGAAACACUCAAAUCGGUCGGGCUUCGUCUUCAACGAGGUGUUCUCUUAACGGGACCGCCCGGUACCGGCAAAACGAGCGUGGUCCGGAAAGUAGCGCAUGACAUCGGCGCCCAUCUGCUAACCGUCAGGGGCCCCGAUCUUUGCCGAUCGUUGCCGGGCGAGAGCGAGGAGCUGCUUCGCGGGAUAUUUCGGGAAGCGGUGAUCUUGAGCGACGUAGUGCCAUGCAUCGUGCUCAUCGACGACGUGGAUGUGUUGUGCGCCAAGAGGAGCUCCGGAAGCAACCAGCACGCCAACCGGCUGGUGACGCAACUGCUGACGCUUCUGGACGGGAUGGAGGACAGAAGGGGUGUCUUUGUUGUGGCCACGACUAGUAGACCUAACGCCAUCGAUCCUGCCAUGAGGAGGCCUGGCCGGUUCGAUAAAGAGUUGCUUCUGGGUGCACUGUCAACAAAGGAGAGAACGGACAUCUUGGAGAUGGUUGGGCUCCAGCUUGGUCUUGGCUUGGAUCACCUCGUCCUCCCGACUUCUGGUUUUGUGAUCAGCGACAUGAUGGCGCUCCUACGCGAGUCUCUCGUGGCAGCUAUGAAACGUGACCCAUCAACUCAGGGCGAAGCCGCUCUGAUGAAGGAGGACUUCGAAGAUGCACUGAAGCUGGUGAAGUCGAGCCUGAGCAGACGCCUCGAAUUCGCAGUCGAAGUCACAAAGCGCUCCAGCUGGGACCAGCUGGGAGGCAUCAGCAAAAUCCAGAAGAAGCUGAAGACUGCAGUGGAGGGUCCCCUGCUGCGGCCGUCGUCCUUUGCGCGGCUGGGGCUGGCGCAGCCGCGCGGCCUGCUGCUGGUGGGGCCCCCUGGGUGCGGCAAGACAUCCAUCGCGCUGGCCGUGGCAGCCGGCUGCGCGGCCUCCACCGUCUUCUCCGUGGGGGCGGCCGACGUCUACUCCCCCUUCGUUGGAGACUCGGAGAAGGUUGUCGCCAGCGUGUUCCACCAGGCGCGUCUGCGGGCGCCCAGCGUGGUGUUCAUGGACGACCUGGACACGCUGGUCGGCCGGAGGUCGGCCGAGCACUCCGGGGCUCAGGACCGGGUCCUCUCGGCGCUUCUCUGCGAGAUCGACGGCAUCGGCUCUGGAAUUCUUCAUCGGCACACUUCUGAUGUUCAGCAGGACCACGUGGGGGUCAUGGUGGUGGCCACCACCUGCCACCCAGAGGCAGUGGACGAGGCGCUCUUGCGGCCCGGCCGUUUGGACCUGGUUGUUUACGUGCCACCCCCCGACCUCGAGGCACGUCAGGAGAUCCUCAAGAUCCGCUUCUCCAAGAUGUCACUCGGAGAUGUUGACGCGACCGCCGUCGCACGGUCUACGGAACAUUUCACGUCUGCCGAUCUCGCAAACCUCUGCCAUGUCGCUGGACUGGAGGCUCUUUCGGAAUCUGGGUUUGAGGCGCCGUGCGUCGAACAGCGCCAUUUCGAAUGUGCCCUCGCCAAGGUCAACCCUUCGCUUACUCCGCAGAUGCUCGAGGCCUUUGAGAAACUCUGUGCCAAGCUGUGCAGGGUCAGGUGACCAGCAGCCAAACGAGCAGGCUGCAAGAGGCACACCACAAAUUGGAACAGAGCUAAGUGUUGCCAUACUGUGUUUCACUAUAACUUGGAAAAGGGUGAAGAUCACAGCCCCAAUGACUCAAUCGGCAUGCUGGAGCGAAGCGUGCAACAAGGGUGGAAGCGCUGCGCCAACUGCGCCGUUGUGCGCCAGUCCACUUUCGCUGCCCCAUGCUGCUCUCGAGCACAAACGUUAAACCAAAUCUUGCCGAAAUAGUGUUUUUUUUUUCUUUUUCCGAGUUGCAAAUGUUUUUGUUUACUGGUUACCACGUUUACCUUCUUGUGUUUGUUUAGAUAUAAUUCUUAACCGAUGUGGUCGUGUCGACGUCAGGGCGAAUGACUGUCAUCCAUAUUGUUUGAACCUUUGAAGAUGCUAAUGAAGUGCCAAGCACCCAUUUUCAUCUAAAGAGAACGACCAUAAUUUAUUCCGGACCAGGUAAAUAAACGCAGCAUUUCGUUUCCUUUCACGGUCUCGUAUUGAGGAGCUGUCAAGCGCCAGCAGCACGAGGAAAAACCGCUCAAAUGAACAGCGCAAGAAAAAAAUUUUGUUUUUACUGUUCAGAAAUAUGCCGUAUUUGGACGAAUACGACCGAUAUGAAAUAAAAGUAAUGCAUUUAUUCCUGUUCAUGAGCACGAGCUCCAUAGGAAGGCCUACACCUCGUACCAGUGCCUUCGAAGCACUUGUUUGAGCGGGGUACUUUUGUGCCUUUAGUGCAAAAGUUCUGCCAACAACGUGUAAGUGUCUGAUCUCCAAAAAUGGGAGGGGCUCUGUCAAAAGUACCAAGGCAUAAAGUUGUCAUUACUUUCAUUUUCUUUUUUUUGCAGAGUGGCGUUGAACAUGUACUCAAUAUACCGCAUGCACUACAUCGCAUAUAUAAACAUAACUACGAGCUUGCUAGCGUGCUUUUACCGAUCAUCUCUCGGUAAAGCGAUAACUAGUCUACAAAAUUAAACAAAUAUUUGUCAUAGGUAAUUUUUUUUACCCUCUGUUUAGGACUUUUUUUUGCUGAGACCGCUUCUGCGCUCAUUUUUGUCAUAAACGCAACAAUAAAAGCGAUACUUGGCUGUCUCGUCUGUAAA